GUACGAAGCACACACGAUUGUGUAAAUGCUCCAUUACGAGCAACUAGAAUUUAAUUAAUCUGUGCAAAUUACUAAUCUGUGGAAAAUAUAUGUGAAUUGACGAAUGAAGAUAAAGAUUCAAGUCUAGCAACUAGCAAGUAGAAUAAUCGCAAACCACGAAAAACUAAAACUUUGGAAUUAUUUAGCUGGAUAUCGUGUGGUUAUCAUAGAACAGUAUGAAAUCGCCUAUAAAAUGAAUAUAAUCCCUCGGGAAUCAUAACAAAAUAGAUCUUCAUAAUUAUUGUUUUUAUAAAAUGACAAUUGCAUUGUUUACAACCACAUUGUUGUGUAUGAACAUAGGGCUUUUUAAAUAUGGCCUGUUGCAAUGCCGGCAGUGAAAUAAAUACGAGCAAUUUUAGUGAUUUACUUAGCGAUAAUUAUAUUGUAGAUGAUUUAUCUAUUGUUCCUUUGGAAAAGGACAGUUUUGCAAUAUGUGAAUUGUGUGGUCGCGUUGGUAGAAGAGGUCAGUUUUAUACGAGAAAUAAUAAGGUUUGUUCAUUAAGAUGUCAUGCAAGUAGUACUCGCAAGCGCCGUUGUAACUGGAGGUUCAAACUGAUGGAAGGCGCUGAACAUAUGGCUGGCUUAAUUCCUUUGGAACCUCUGCCACAAUUGCAGCAUUGGCAGGCAACAUACAAUGACAUACAGGCUGGUCCAAUUAAACAAUCAGCAGCUGUAUUAGCUAAUAGCUAUGUUUGGAAUGAUGAGUUAUUUGGCUGUGAUUUUCUUGCUGCUCCAGUCAGUUUAUUUAAGCAUGCUCCCCUACAUGAGAUGUGGGAUAACACAUUUGAAGGGAUGAAAAUUGAAGUUAAGAAUACAGAUAUUGAAAAUUACUCAGAGAAAUUAAAUGACUUUUUCUGGGUGGCCACUGUAUUAAAGGUUAAGGGGUACAUGGGCCUGCUCAGAUAUGAAGGCUUUGGAAGUGAUGAUUCAAAGGACUUUUGGGUUAAUCUAUGUUGCUCCGAAGUGCACCCUGUUGGCUGGUGUGCUACCAGAGGAAAGCCUUUAAUACCACCUAGAAGUAUAGAAGAUAAAUAUACAGAUUGGAAAAAAUUUUUAGUGAAACAGUUAACUGGUGCUCGUACACUACCUGCUAAUUUCUAUACAAAAUUAAAUGAUAGUCUUGUAUCAAGAUUCAAAAUUGGUUCAAUCAUGGAAGUUGUAGACAAAAAUAGGAUUUCUCAAGUGAAGGUUGCCAGUGUGUGUGAAAUAGUGGGCAAGCGUUUACAUGUAAAAUAUUAUGACAGUUCUCCUGAAGACAAUGGUUUCUGGUGUCAUGAGGAUUCUCCUUUAAUACAUCCUGUUGGUUGGGCAUUUAGAGUCGGCCAUCCGUUAGAUGCUCAACAGAGCUAUUGUCAAAGGGUUGCAGCUGGACGGCUCCAACCGAAUGAUUCUACUCCAGAUAUGUUUUAUAAAUACCCAACGAAUGAACCUCCACUUUUCUCAGAAGGAAUGAAAUUAGAAGCAAUUGAUCCACUGAAUCUGUCAGCGGUAUGUGCAGCAACAGUGAUGCAAAUAUUAAAUGAAGGGUAUAUGAUGAUAAGGAUAGAUUGUUAUCCCGCUGAUGCGUCUGGUGCAGAUUGGUUCUGUUAUCAUCAGCGGUCGCCAUGUAUAUUCCCUGUGGGAUUUGCAUUGGCAAAUAAUAUUCCCUUGGUUCCUCCUAUUGGGUACACAGCGGAGCAGUUCAGCUGGGACGAUUAUCUCAAUGAAACGGGUGCGCGUGCGGCCGGCCGCGGGCUGUUCGCGGCGCGCGGGCGCGUCGUCGCGCACGGGUUCGUGGCGGGCAUGCGGCUCGAGUGCGCGGACCUGAUGGACCCGCGGCUCGUGUGCGUCGCCACUGUGGCGCGGGUGGUCGCCGAUCUGCUCAAAGUGCACUUCGACGGUUGGGGCGGCGAGUACGACCAGUGGCUGUGGGCGCACAGCACGGACGUGUACCCGGUGGGGUGGUGCCGCGCGGUCGGCCACCGGCUGGAGGGGCCGCUGCAGCCGCCGCCGCGCGCCGCCCGCAAGCCGCCGCGCCCCAGCCGUAGGAGGAGGAAGCAAGUUGCAAAAUCGACUCCCCAACCUCCAAAUUCAACGGAAGAGACAUCACAGAACUCUGAUAUGGGGGAUUCGAAAAGUAUCUCGGAUAAUGGGGAAACCAAGAGCUUAUCCCCACCCACCAGCGUGUCUGAAGUGUCGGCGGAUUUAGAUUCGCGUAUUGAAGAACCGCCCCAUAGUAAACUUAAAAUGGAUGUUGACUCAGAAGUUAAAUGUGAGCCAGCUAAUGAGCCAGUAAAAGAGAAGAGUCGAGAAGAUCUCAUGGACACUUCACUAAUGGAUUUACCAAAAGAAAAUGUUUUAUCCAGCGAUAAUAAACUAGAAAUGUUAGCAGCUAUUCCGGCGACAAGUCCGGAAAUACCAGAACAAAGUUCCGACGAAAAAAUCAUUCCAAGACUAGUUAAUAAUUCGGUGCCUCUAGAUGUUCUAAACGCAGUGGAGCCAGAGAACUGGACCACUUCUGAUGUUGCAAAGUUCCUUACCGUUAAUGACUGCCAGCCAUAUUGUAUAAACUUCGCUCAUAUAAAUGGACCAAUGAUGCUACAGUUGUCCAAGGAUGAAAUUAUAGAACUACUAGAGAUGAAAGUUGGUCCGUCUUUGAAAAUUUUCGAUCUUAUACAGCAGCUGAAGUGUAAAAUCAAACAGCCUCAGUGUAGAUUGCUUGGUAGUUUUAAAUAGUAUCCACUGCAAAGGGCUAUUUCCUUAACGUACUAUAUAUAGAUGACAGUGAUUUCGUAGGCAAUAAUACGUAGCAACAUUAUCGUGAUAGCUUACAUAGCACAUUCGUAUUGUAAUUUAUUUUGAUAUGUAAUAUCUUGUGUGGUUUUAUACAUUUUUAGAUACAUGCAUGGUAAAAGUGAGGGACUUGUGAUGGAAGAAAAAUAUUAUGCAAUGGCAAAGGGUUAUGUAUGCAUGAUAAUUGCAUUUUUUAUGUAUUAUAAACUUUUUAUUCAGUUUUCGAUAUAUCGAUAUUCGUAAAGAAUAUAAAAUUACUAAAAAAAAUAAGAUGAACGAGAAUAAGUGUAGCUUAAAAAUGUGAUAAAUUAGUCAAACAUUAUUUUAAAAUUAUUUUCUGUAAUUUUAACUGUAAACCAUCUCCUAGUAUACUUUGAGAUGCUUUUGACGUGUUCAUGGUACCCAUACGAUAAAAGAAUACAUUUUAAAGCUUUUAAAUUUUUAAACAUGUAUGCUUAUAAAAAUGCUUGUAUGUAGAAUGUAGAUAACAAACAAUCAUGGAGUAAGUUCGAUAUAAAUUUAAAUCAAUUUAUUCUCAUUUUUAAUAUUGGCAAUAAUUUUUAUAUAUUUAAAAAACUCUUACCAUUAUCAAAGAUACAGUUUCCCAGUGAUUAAAUAAUUAUAAGGGUUAUUUUAAACUAUUUAUUACCAAAGAUGUAAUCCACAUUCAGAUUUGAGCUUUUUACUGUGUGACCUCAUUUUGCAAUAGCUUUUGCAUGAUUGUAUUAUAAUCAAAUUCAUAUCAAUAUUUUAAAAUUGAAUGAAACACAAAAAUGCCUUUUUAGUAACAUAUAUAAUGAUGAAUAUUAGUAUUAGUCAGUACCAUGUGUUUUAGUGUUUGGACAUUAUAAUAUUAAAUAAAUAUUUUUAAACA